UUCACUGUGGAACGGAACAGUCUGGGUCUGGGCCUAUAUGCAAUAAAACCACACCUGACUGAAGCCCAUUCUUCGCCUCCAUCCAUUACAGUGCAAUAAAGUCCUUGAACGCAACCGUUUUCAGCUUGAUGAUGGCUCCUCCGGUGAAGAAGAGGAAGGGUGAAAAGGCCAAGAACGGUGCUCCUCCUCUAGAUCCGGAGGCUAUCGACUGCGACUGGUGGGAUACUUUCUUCCUCCGAAACUCGUCUCUCUCAGGUGUUACGGUGCCCUUGGACGAAGAUGAUGCGUUCAAGUACUUCUUUAGGGCUUCCAAGACUACCUUCAGCUACAUCUGUUCCCUCGUCAGGGAGGAUCUUAUCUCCAGGCCUCCCUCUGGUCUCAUCAACAUCGAAGGCAGGCUUCUCAGCGUCGAGAAACAAGUCGCCAUUGCUCUCCGAAGGUUGGCUUCUGGUGAUUCUCAGGUCUCCGUCGGUGCCGCCUUUGGCGUUGGCCAGUCCACUGUCUCUCAGGUCACCUGGAGAUUCAUCGAGGCCCUCGAGGAACGCGCCAAGCAUCAUCUUAGAUGGCCUGAUUCCGACAGAAUUGAAGAGAUCAAGUCCAAGUUCGAGGGCGUGUACGGUCUCCCCAACUGCUGCGGUGCCAUAGACACAACCCACAUCAUCAUGACUCUCCCUGCCGUGCAAGCCUCUGAUGACUGGUGCGACCAGGAGAAGAACUACAGCAUGUUCUUGCAAGGUGUCUUUGAUCACGAGAUGAGGUUCCUCAACAUGGUCACCGGCUGGCCUGGCGGCAUGACCGUCUCCAAGCUCCUUAACUUUUCAGGCUUCUUCAAACUCUGUGAGUCUGCUCAGAUUUUAGACGGGAAUGCCAAAACGUUGUUCCGAGGAGCUGAGAUAAGAGAGUAUGUGGUUGGAGGGUUCAGCUACCCUCUUCUUCCUUGGCUUAUUACUCCUCACGACACCCGCCAUGAUCCCUCUCAUCCCAUGCUGGCUUUCAACGACAGGCACGAGAAGGUGAGGUCAGUUGCUGCUACGGCCUUUGCACAGCUGAAAGGAAGCUGGAGGAUUCUCAGCAAGGUUAUGUGGAGACCAGACAGGAGGAAGCUGCCAAGUAUAAUACUGGUGUGCUGUCUACUGCAUAACAUCAUCAUCGAUUGUGGGGAUUAUCUGGAAGAAGAUGUUCCUUUAUCCGGUCAUCACGACGUGGGAUAUUCAGAGCAGUACUGCAAGCAGAGUGAGCCGCUUGGUAAUGAGCUCAGAGGAUAUCUGACUGAGUAUUUACAGAGGUGAAGAAGUGGUUGAGAGCUUUAUAGCUUCUCAAAGCCUAUCCUACCCAAGUCCACUGACAAUGCAGCAUCAGCUAUAGCCCAUGAAAAUACCUAGGCGGGGGGGUCCUUAGUAUUUGAUAAAUUAUCAAAACAGAAGUGUUUAUUUUGCAAAUGUGUUGUUGGGUUCCAUUAAUAAGGUGAUUCAAAAAUAAUAGAAAAGGCAUAUGCUCUGGUGGAUCG